CCUCGGGGUAAGCGGGUGGGGAGUUAAGGGCAGCAGCUCCCGUCGGGUGAGGGCGGGGGGGUGUGGUGGCUCUCUUGAGGGGACAAGUGAGAGCAGGAGAAUCCUCUCAAGGGCUGGCAGGUCUCCUCAAGGAGGAACAGUGGGCCCACUUAUAGGGAGCUGAGGGGGCCGUGAUUCCCCUGGGGGACCGGCUUUCUACUUCCCUCCUGCUUCCCACUCCGCCCCGAGGUCCGGCGCAGCGACCGACCGGGUGACCCGCCGUGCCAGCCCGCGGCCUCCGUGCUACCUGAGCCAAUGCUAGAUCUGGAGGUGGUGCCUGAGCGGUCUCUGGGGAACGAGCAAUGGGUAGUUCACCUUGGGCUGGCUGGAAUGCCAUUGGCUCAGGCUGUAGCAAUUCUUCAGAAACACUGUCGCAUUAUCAAAAACGUCCAGGUUCUCUACAGUGAGCAGUCGCCUCUUAGCCAUGACCUCAUCCUUAACCUAACUCAGGAUGGAAUCAAACUGCUGUUCGAUGCUUUCAAUCAGAGACUUAAGGUGAUUGAAGUUUAUGACUUGACUAAGGUGAAGUUAAAAUAUUGUGGUGUCCAUUUUAACUCUCAGGCAAUCGCUCCAACCAUCGAACAAAUUGAUCAGUCAUUUGGAGCAACACAUCCAGGAGUGUAUAAUUCAGCUGAACAACUCUUUCACCUCAAUUUCAGAGGACUGUCAUUUUCUUUUCAGUUAGACUCCUGGACUGAAACUCCAAAGUAUGAGCCUAACUUUGCCCAUGGUCUAGCCUCUCUGCAAAUUCCUCAUGGUGCGACUGUGAAACGGAUGUACAUCUACAAUGGAAACAGUCUGCAGGAUACCAAGGCUCCCUUGAUGCCCCUCAGCUGUUUCCUUGGUAAUGUGUAUGCUGAGAACGUUGAUGUUCUGAGAGAUGGAACUGGACCCUCAGGUUUACGGCUUCGCCUCCUCACUGCAGGUUGUGGCCCGGGUGUUUUAGCUGAUGCCAAGAUGCGGGUAUUUGAGCGUUGUGUGUACUUUGGUGAUUCGUGCCAGGAUGUGUUGAGCACCCUGGGGUCCCCGCACAAAGUCUUCUACAAGUCCGAAGAUAAGAUGAAAAUCCAUUCGCCCUCACCCCACAAGCAGGUCCCAUCAAAGUGCAAUGACUACUUCUUCAACUAUUUCACGCUUGGAGUGGAUAUUCUCUUUGAUGCAAACACUCACAAGGUGAAAAAAUUCGUCCUGCAUACAAAUUAUCCUGGUCAUUACAACUUUAACAUUUACCAUCGCUGUGAAUUCAAGAUUCCACUAGUAAUUAAGCGAGAUAGUGCUGAUUCACAAACUGAAAACAUGUCAACAUACAGCAAGGUAAUGGACAGCAUCCAGGAUCUUCUGGGGCACCCUGUAGAAAAGCCAGUAGUACUUCACAGGUCGUCAUCUCCAAACAACACUAACCCAUUUGGGUCAACCUUUUGCUUUGGACUGCAACGAAUGAUCUUUGAGGUGAUGCAGAAUAAUCACAUAGCUUCUGUUACUCUGUAUGGCCCAACGCGACCCAGCAGCCAGUUGAGAACGUCGGACCUUCCCCAGUGAGCAUCCCCUGCAAAGUCGGCUAAUCUCAAUGCUACGAAAUUAGUACAGCGUGCCUUGAUUUGCUGCCACUUAUAAUAUGGAAAGCACGUUAUGAUUUUUCUUUUUUUUUAAUAAGCCUUUCCACCCAGGAGCAGUGUGGGGGGGAAAUUCUCUCAACCCUUCAUCAUAGGGCAUGGAACUGUUGAUGGAGGAAAGCAGCUUAGGUGCCUGUGCCGUUGUUUAUUCCUCUCCAUUGCCCUCAUCCUAUGCAGCACAGACCUGAAGAGACUGUCCUCCCUUCUCAGCUGGCAAAAGGGGGAAAUGGAAGGGGGGGCACAUAAUGACUGCAAGAGUUAGAAGCACAAACUUUCUGAGCCUUUGGAGCAUCUGGAAGCAGGUAUUGAUUUUAGUCUGUUUGUGUUACUGUAUUGAUGUGGUGGUCACAUUUUGAGAAAACGUGUGUGUAUAUAUAUAGAUAUAAACACAUCGGUAUUUCUGUGGCUUAGGACAUUGUACCAAGUAUGACAAGGAUGUAUAUAUGUCCAUGAUUUCAGGCACCACAUCUUUGUGUAACUUUAAACCAAGCAAGUAGCAUGUGCAUAAUACUUGGUUGUAACAUUUGCACUACAUACACUUUAAUUACUUGAUAAACAUUUAUCUUCACUGAGGAGCAUCUGUGUACUGGGUGUGAGUGGGGUGCGGUGGUUAUUUAAUGUACGCUGCGCAUAAAGCUUAUUUAUACAGUGGAUCAAAUUCAUCCACCUUCCUGCACUAAUAUGUACUUGAUAUGCUGAAACAAUUUUUUUCUGCCAUGGCUGGUUUACUAAUUUUUUUUUUUCAUAUGCAGUUUCAAAAAAAGAAAAAUAUUCUGGAAGAUGUUUCUAGGAUUGAAUUAUGUUUUAGUGAAAAGGUUUGAUACAAUUUUUCAUACUACAGAAAAAUGUAAGGAGAAAUAGCGUUGCCUCAUUUGCCUCUGUUACGAAAUCCUUUAUACCUACUCUGUGUCCUUAGAGAAAGAAAAGCUGUAUAUAAUGGUAUCUCAGACAAGAAAUUCCUGAGCUCUGACAUCACCAAGAAAACCUUUUCUGUAACUUUUGAUGUAUAAUUUUAAUUUAUGCCAAAGGUUUAGCCAAAGACAUCGUUAUUGUAGUUUCACCAUUUCUGUACAUAUAUGCUACCUGCACACCCCAUCCCCUCAGACAGGAUAUAGGCUUCUUUUAUAGUUGGGAGAUGCUGCUCGUGAGAUUUUAUCCCAGGAGGAUACUUUAGGUUUCUAGUUCUCUUACCAGUCUUAUUUGGGGGAAAUAGGUGGUCUGUCUUUGAAAUAUUGAACCCUUUUUAAAAAUGGACAAGAGAAAUGUAUAAUUUUAUCCCAUUUUUAAUAUUUUGGUGUAGCAACUUGUGAUACAUAGAUGACAAUUUUGUGAGUUUUACUAUGUGUGUACAGAUUUUGUAAAUAUGACAUUUUUGUAAUUUUAACUCCAUGUACAGUGUAAUCCUGUAUAGUUUAUCAAUGAAUGAGAGAUAGGAAAUGGAAUGUUAAUUGCGGUUUUGGAUCCUGGACCAGUAGCAGGGAUAAAUGUGGUGUGUUUGUGUGAGACGUUCUUUGCCAUUUAGUCUUCCUGUAUACUGUGAUACUCUAAACUGUUUUGCUAAAGCAAACAAAAACGCCCCAUGGAGAAUCUAAUGGAUAAGGAAAAAGUUACUGUUUACCUUUAUCCCUAGGUGUCACUCCUGUUGAAUCCCUGUUCAAUCUGUGCUGUUUCCUGUGAUCAUUGCUUGCUAAGAAAAUUCUAUGCCUCAACCUUCCUUUUGUUUCCUCUCUAGUUUUAAUUUCUUUUACUUCGCCCUUCUGUAAAUUAAAUGGAACAAUAAUGAGCAUGUACACUGAAAGAAAAAUAAAAUGAGACUCUCAGUUACUGUUUGUGUUAAAUACAGUUGCUGGGUGUUUUUGUAAUAAAAUCGUGGAUGCGUUUGCUUUCUUUUUCUUAUGGAUUAGUCCUUUUGUUUUACUGUGUUUCCGAUGUUAUAUUUGAUGUCCCUGACUAGUGUUCCCCCUUUAUAGCUGAUGUAGUAUGUUCUCUGAAGAAGCAGUAUGAAAACUAACAUAACUUGCAGUCUGUUUCCUAGCAGAUAUGAAAGCAUUUUUUUAUUUUUUGUCCUGAAGUGGAGAAGGAAGAUCUUUAGAAUGCAGUAAAUAACCCUGUGGCCGCAAUAUCAUGUUCAGAACUGUAGUUGUUACACUCAUGUCAGCCUUUGGGUAUCAUUAAAAUCGAUCAAGCUCCAAAGAGUUUGAAUAUCACGCAACAGAUUGGAAGAAAUGCCUGCAGUAAAAGGAAUAUACAUGAAUUCUCAUGCUGUUUUCUUGUGCCCUGAGGUACUUCAACGGAAAAGCAUUGCAAGUACACUUAUCCUGAAGUAGCUUAGAGGUUAAUGCAGGGCAUAAGGAACGGGACUCCUGUUUCCAUUUGCAUUUCUCCUGCACUGGCUGCAUAAUGUUGAGUAGAGCGCUUAGUUCUCCCUCCUCUAGCAUCCUUCAGUUUUGGAAUCUGAAAUGACCCUGCACAGUGCUUGGCUUAGUAUGCUCUUUGAGAAUUUUAUGACCUCUAUUUCAAGGUGGUGUGCAUGGUUAUGCUUGUUACUAAAAUCUGACAGUAAUCCUGCUAACAAUUAAUCCUCCCGAUUAGCUGCAAGAGAAGGUAAGUUCUGGAUGGGACAGUUUGAGUAAUGGCUACGCAGGUGCUAUCAAUAUCCUGCCCUCAAACAUAUUCAGUUGAAAUUCUUCAGAAGUGUGAGGUCAGGGCUGCUGCUGCUGCACCUGGAGGCUCGGGGCAGGAUGUCAGCUGCUGACCUGAGGCUUUUAACACCUUCAGUGACUCCCAUCUUCGCUUGUUAUACUCUGGUAAGUCAAAGAGAGAAAAACAAUGCAGAUAACAAUGUGCUCUCUUAACAGCCCAGAUACUCUCUGGGUCAUUCCCUUCAUCUUGAAAAGUUCUUCCUAGCAGACAAAAAUUAAAGGCAGCUUUGCAUCUUGGUGGCUGCUGAUGGGCUGAGCCUAAAGCAUUUUGCUUUUAGGAGAGGCAGAGCUGAAGAAAGGCAGGGGGAGAUCACGUGGGCAGCUCCUUUGGGUUUUUCACCCUUCCUUUAAGGUUGCACCUGCUUGUAGCUUGCUGCUUUGGUUGGUUUGCUGCUGAUUGGACAAGCUGUUCCUUUACUGAUGCCUGUGGGGAGCUGGUGUGGAGCUCUAAGCACAUGCUCUUUCUGGCAUGGAAAGAGCAGGACAGGGUUGGGGGACUAAUGGCAGUUUUGAUUCACCAGAACCAAGAGGGGAAGGAAUAGGGAACAGGAGUUUGGAGAGAGAAGCUGAGGAUGGCAGGGUGGUGGGAAGGAGAGGUGAGAUGAGGCUGUCCACUUGACCCAAAAGCUGUUUCUUACAGAAGGAGGGAUGCUCA